CCACUGCUUCCCAAAGGAAGAAAUGGGGGCAAGAGCUCUACGUCGGGACGGUGGCCCUAAAUCCCCGGUCAAAACAGGCAAGACGGGAGCCGAUAACCUUUACUGACCAGGACCUCCCAGCCACCGGAGAAGAUCACAAUGACCCCCUGGUCAUAACUAUGGAUAUGGGUGGAGUCGAUGUCUCCCGGGUACUCGUUGACACGGGCAGUAGUGUCAACGUUUUGUACUUGGAUGCAUUUGAAAAGCUCAAGUUGUGUCGGACACGGCUUGAGCCCUUAAAGACUCCCCUGUCCGGGUUCACCGGGGACUCUGUUGAAGCUGAAGGGUCAAUCCUUCUGACUUGUGAAUUGGGCACAGGAGACCAGGUCGUCCAAAAACAAAUGAGGUUUGUGGUAGUGAACAUCAAAUGUGUUCACAACGCCAUCCUAGGCCGGUCUGGAAUAAACAAGGUCCGUGGAGUCAUCUCCAUGGCCCAUCUCUGUAUGAAGUUCUAUACCCCGGGCGGUAUAGGACAAGUCAGAGGAGAUCAAAAGAAGGCCCGGCAUUGCUAUUUGGAAGCUAUAAAGAAAAUGACGAAGGCUUUUGAGAGAGUCACUUUGGUCUCUCAGGAGGAAGACCGGUCAAAGCUAGAGCCGGGUGAUGAAACCGAGCAGAUCGUUCUCCGGGAAGCCUUCCCGGAAAGAAUGGUCGCGGGCGUUCAGCAAAGUCAGGGCUCAACUACCGGGGUGAUUGAAGCGGAUGAUGACUGGAGAUACGAUCUCAUGGAGUAUUUAAUGACCGGCCAAAAACCAAACGACGAAGAACGAGCCAGGAAGGUUGUCUUACGAUCUCCCCGGUUUCAGGUACUGGACGGCCACUUGUACAAACGUGCCAUUGGUGGACCUCUCCUACGUUGCCUUACCAACCCGGAAGCUGAACGGGUAAUAGCUAAGAGAUGUAGGACGUGCCAGGUUUUUUACAAACAUCCCGGCAGACCGGCCACAUACUACCAACCAACGUCUAAUGUCAUACCAUUUGCCCGGUUUGGGAUUGACAUUAUUGGAGCCUUCUCGGUCGCCCAAGGCGGAAAGAAGUUCGUGAUGGUGGCUAUUGAUUACUUCACUAAAUGGAUCGAGGCUGAGGCGAUGGCUACCAUAACCGUGUGGCAGUGUGAGAAAUUUGUUUGGAAAAACAUUAUCACCCGGUUUGGUGCCCUGAAGAUGAUUGUUACCGACAACGGUCCGCAGUUUCGCAACCCCCGGUUUACUGAGUUCUUGGCUAGUUUUGGAAUCAAGCACAGCAAGGCCUCAGUAGCUUAUCCACAGGGAAAUGGCCAAGUUGAAAAUGCUAACCGGACGAUAGUGGACGGCCUAAAGAAGAGGUUGGGUGAAGAAGGCCAUAAAUGGUUGGAAGCUUUGCCUCACACAGUCUGGGCGCAUAGAGUGACUUCAAGUAGGGCAACCGGAGAAACUCCAUUUGUGCUCACUUACGGAUGUGAAGCCCGGUUGCCAGUUGAGGCGGAAAUUCCAACAUUUAGAGAGGCCGUAUAUCAGCCCGGUCAGAACGAGGUCGACCAUCUAGCUGAAUUAAAUCUGGUGGAAGAACGAAGGACCCUAGCAGCUGUCAAGAUGGCCGGUAACCAGCGGUCGGUAAAGAGAUAUCACGACAACCGGGUGGGCCCACGGUACUUCCAAGUGCAUGAUGAGGUCUUGCGCAGACGGGUGCUAGUAAACCAAAUGAGAGAGGCAAGUUGGUGCGAAACUGGGAAGGACCCUAUCGCAUAAAGGCGAUCAUCCGGCCGGGCACUUACCAACUGGAGACUAUGGAAGGUGGCCGGGUUGACCGACAUUGGAACUCUCAUCACUUACGAAAAUUCUUUAGAUAAAGUGUGAUGAGUUCCCUAGACGUUAAUAAAAUUUUGUUCUUUUC